UGGAUCGAUGUGGAUUGGCAUUAAAAUUAGUGCGCGUUGCUAACUUUGCAUGAUCUAAUCUAAAGUUAUUCGUGAAAAAUGUCGCAAAACGACCAAAAUAAUUGUCUUUAAAGGAAAAAGUUGAUGUAAUAGAAAAAUUAAAAGGAGGAUCAAGCGUAACCAGCUUAGCAAACCAGUACAGUGUUGCAAAAUCAACAAUUUGCGCUAUCAACAAAAAAAAGAGAACAUUUUAAAAUGUGUUAACAGUACAUUUUCUGGGCCUGGAAAGCGGAAGACUUUGAAGUGUUCUGAACUUCCUAAAAUGGAAAAAGCGCUCUACCGUUGGUUCCUUAAACAGCGACAAAAAAAUUGCCCUGUCAAUGGAUUAAUAGUUAAAGAAAAAGCUAAAUUUUUUCAUUCAAAAAUUAAAGAAACUCAAAGUGAUUUUAAUGCGAGUGAUGGAUGGUUGCAACGCUUUGAGAAGCGUUAUGGUGUUCGUUUUAUUAAAAUAAGUGGAGAAAAGUUAUCUUUUAGACUUGAACUUGUGGACCCUUUCAAAAACAAGCUGGAAGCCAAAAUUAAAGAUCUAGGUCUGUCGCACGAUCAAAUAUAUAAAGCAGACGAAUCGGGACUAUUUUGGAAGCUGCUACCUGACAGAACAUACUUACGUAUCCUCACAAGAAAAAAAUGCUCCUGGAAGCCCAUGGAAGCCCCUCCAUGGGACAGGAUCUGACUUCAGAAGAGCUAAACUUGAGUUUUAUAAAAAUUGCACAGGUGGUCCAACAUUCAGAAUUUUCGGAUGUUAUUCAAAAUUGCAUAAAGGUUCAUUGGACGCCGAGGGAUGCCGACGAAUAUGUUCAGCGACAACGCCACCAACUUCGUCGGCGCCGACCGCAAGCUGCGCGAGCUGAAAGAGGCUUUCCUUGCCCAGUCAGGAGAAGUGAAAGGAUUCGCCGCAGACGAAGGGUUAUGGGAAGCCGCGGUGAAGUCCGCCAAACUUCCCGUCGUUCGCGUAAUCGGCAACGCGCUACUGACCGCACAGGAACUGUCAACCCUGCUGACAGAAGUGGCGGCCAUCCUCGAUUCUCGGCCCCUAACCCCGUUGAGCCAGGACCCCAACGACGGCGAUGCACUAACCCCAGCGCAUUUACUGAUAGGGUGCUCCUUGCGAGCAUUAUCUCCAUAGCAGGUGUCAGUGGACCCAACUCGUUGCUGCGAGAGAUGGCAACUUGUUUGCUCUCUCAAGCAACGGUUUUGGCGACAGUGGUCCAAAACAUAUCUGACGGGCCUUCAGGAACGCAACAAAUGGCUGCACCCCACUCGCAAUCUGCAGCUCAACGACCUCGUCCUCGUCCACGAGGACAACGUGCCGCCACAGCAGUGGGUACUCGGACGCUUCGUCGCAACCGUAAAAGGGCAAGACGGCAAGGUGCGAGUCACAGACUUGGCGACUAAGGGGGGCACAAUUAAGCGUCGCAUUCACAAGCUGGCUUUGCUUCCAAUGGAGGUUGAAGGAACCUGACCCUGUCAUGGUGGCCGGUGUUGCGUCAAGCGACAUAUCUAUAUCUAAAACAAAAAUAAUGAAAUGAAUUUUAAAAUAUUGAAUUGUUAAAAAUUAAAUUAAGAAAAUCUAUUAUAAAAUACUUACCUUAAUGUUCUAUUACUUACCUUAAUGCUUACCAUAAUCUGUUACAAUAUUUAACGAAAGUUGAAAAUGAUUAUACUUACCCCUUUUUUAAAACAUAUUUAGAUUACCUCAAGCUUAAGCCGUUAGUUUUAAGAUCUGGGCUUAGCAAUUAGAUUAAGAAAUAAAGCUGUCUCUUUGAAUUGAACUGUGAAACCGAA